AUUAUCAUGGGAGCAACAAGUGUGUGAGCAUUGUGUUUUUCACUACAAAGUGCCGUUGAGAAAAAAGCAGAUUAGUGUGUUUCUCUCGUGGCUUUGGAGACGUAUUUUUUAGAAAGAAAAAAAACUUGCAAUUCUCACGGUGAAGGUGAGAAUGCGAAACUUUAAUUGCUGCUGCAAAUAACAUAUUAGAAAAAUAAAUUUCAUCAGAACUUUUCAGAGGCGAGCUUUGGGUGGGAAAAGUGAAUGUUUUUUCGUCAAUUUACCUGCGAUCGCACCUAUACAAGAAAAUUUGCAACUCCUAUCAAACAACUGAUAAGACAAAAACCUCAUCGUUUUGGAAGUAAAGCUGGGUGCGAGAAGUGUGUCAGUAUUUUGUGAAGAUUUUUGCUGGGUGAACGUGCGCAACUCAGCUAAGAGAGUUUUCUUGAGCAAAAAAAAAUUUUCUUCUCAAUUUUGUGCCUUUAAAUUGAGAAUUUUCUGUGAAUUGGGAAUAAUGGAGAAUGAGGCUCUCAAUCGGAUUUCCAGUGAUAGUGGCACAAGUUCGUUUGAGUGUGAAAUGGAACGUGCUCCUGAGAGGCCUCCACGCGGGAUUCGGACAUCCUGUGGAAAAUCCAUCGUUCACAUGCGUCUGCUGCAGUUUGAACGGCUCUGCCAGGAGAAUCGGGAAGAGCUUCCAAAAUGCAGCAAAUCCCCCAGACCGCCUAAAAGGGAACUACCACAGCUGCCAAAGGAGGUGGAAGCGCAUGAAGAGGAAUCCCAUGAGGAUGAAAAUAUUCCCAGCGACGACGUGAGUCAUCAGUAUGAAGAAAUAGCUCAAGAGGCAUUGGAGGAGGAGGAGGAGGCGAAGGAGGGCUCAGUGGGAAACCGCGAUAGUAACUUGAGUGUUGCCCAAUCCACUGAUAACACACCCACACACCCAUCAAAAUGUGAUUCUAGCGAUUUCGAAGAGGACGAUGAGGUAGAAGAAGCCUCUCCAUUGCCUGUGAUUGAAGUGAAAAAUACAGAAAUUUACGAAGACAUUUCACAGCAGUACGAACAAGAUUAUGACGGUUACAGUGACAGUACAUUCGAUUCAAGUGACUCCGAGGAUGAUGACAACUACUUGCAAGUUCCUCAACAAGUUCGUCCAACGUCACAGGAUUCAAUAUCAACGCGUGUUGUUCUCCUUGCGGAUGAACUGAUAAAGACAGAAGAAACCUACGUGGAUGUCCUCCGUCGUGGUAUUGAAGGCUACACAAAGGUCUUCAAAGGAGAACUCCCAAUGUCCCUCCGUGGUCGUGAAAAUAUAAUCUUUGGCAAUCUGAGACGUAUCUUUGAGUUUCACGCUGAAACUCUUCUUCCCUCCCUGCGAGACUGUUUUGGGGAUGUUGAGAAGAUUGCGCGAGUCUUCAUGAAGUACAUCAGUGAAGAGUACUUCUACUGCUACGUCUUGUACGCCAUGAACUGUUCACGUGCAAAAAAGAUCUGUGAAGAUCAUGAGAGUUUUUUCGCAAAGAGUAUGGAAGAAGUUGGUGAUCGUUUGGGGAUACUCAGCUUACUCCUACAGCCAAUUCAGCGUAUUCCACGCUACAAGCUACUCCUUGAGAAUAUUCUCGAGGAAUUGGGGAAGAACAUUGAGAGGUCAGCAGAAGUUAAAUCCCAACUUGCGGAAACUUCUCGUGCAUGGAAGGCUGUUACGAAGUUGGCAGACUGCAUAAACUCCUCAAUGAAUGUCAUGGACAUUACUGAGUGCUUUGAGAUUAAUCUCACUCAUCAGGGGAAAUUCAGAGACUUUGAAGCAUUUGAAUUUCAUGACAAUGACGCUGGUCGACGAUUCCGUGGGCAUGUCUUUCUCUUUGAGAAGUGCAUCGUCUACACGGAGAACAAGGGUCCGGACAAUAAACCCACAUAUCUCUACAGAGGGCACUAUGCAUUUGCUAAACUUGGUAUUCUGCAGGAUGUCAAUAGAGGGAAGAUUUCGCUCUUUAGAGAUCGUCUUGGGCAGAAACAGCUGGAUAUCUAUGGACCUUCUCCGGCUAUAAGCAAAUGGAGUGAUCAUAUAACACACGUUCUCAUGGAAUUUGCCAAUGAAGAAAAAUUGAAGAAUAGCCGCGGGCGAGUAAACCGACAGAGCUACAAAUCAGUCGUUCCGGAAUUCCGGAAUAGCACCAGGGGGAGCAUUAUGAGUAAUUUGAGCAUCGCAAGUUCAUCAAGUGGCUACCGAAGUAGUCAAUCUAGUCGAGAUCUCGAUUUGGAUAGCCGAAGGACCACAUGGUAUGAGAACAAGAACCUUCAGCGACUGCUCAACAGUGAGAAGCACUACGUAUCAAUGCUGUACACGUACAAGAAGAAGCUAGUAGAUCACCUACCUGAGGAUGUGAGGCAGAACAUUGGGGGCUACAUUCAGUGCCUUGAAGCCAUCUGUGAGAUGCACAGAGACAGAUUUUUGCCCAAAUUACGUGAAUGCGAUAUGGAUGUGGAGGAAAUUUGCAAUCUCUUCAAUGACUUCAUAUCGGACGGCUCUCUUGGCAUCUACAUGACCUACGCAACGGAGCUGAUGAGCGUGCAGCAGACUCUCCUUGAUUACAAUACCCAAACAGCUUUGAUGAGUGAAGAUGUCGAAGCGGGCAUUAAGGUUUUUCUGCAACUACCCAUUAAGAGACUUUCUGCCUACGAGGCGGCCAUUCAUUUCAUUCUUGAGUGUUUCUUCAGCGAAGGGAUCAAUACAAUGAGCUCCAUCUUCAAAGUAGCCGCCGUUCUUGAGGCUGAACUGAACAAUCUAACCAAAUCUGUGGAGAAUAAUGCCAAAGUUUUCACCUGCAGUGAUUUUAGGAUGAACCGAAGAAGUGUAGGAUUCGUUAGAUAUGCUGAUAAUGUAGCAGCUAGAGCUUUUGGGACGUGGAACUACUGUGUCCUCCUAAUGGAGCGUCAAGUAGUUUGCUGCAAAGUUAAGCAGGAUCAGGAGUCUUCCUACUUCACUUCCGUUCUCUUUCACACGUCGUACGACAAUCUCCUUCUUCGUGAAAGUAAAUUAAAUGCAAAUAGACUUAAGUUUUGCAUCAAAACAGGCGAUCAGGCGGUGUAUCCGCUCAUUUUCAGGACUCAGGACAAAAAGCAGCUUUUCAUGAGGAAAUUCACGGAAUUCUACAGACACAGCGUAACGUCGAGGAAGUGAAUUGUUCUUUUUUUACAGAAUAAAACUUAAUAUAAAUUAGUUAUAAGCAGAAAA